CUAGAAAUGUUGUAGUGAAGAAGAAGUUCAAUCCAAGUUAAGACACGCGGAUUCUGAACGCCUACAAUGUUCUAUAAAUAGCUGUUUACUUUUCUCUUUUCACUUCGACUGUUUCAAUUUUAUCUUUCUACCAGUAAACACUAUCAAUCAUUCAAUCUUUCUUGAAAUUCGAUCAUUCAAGGAAUCCAGACGUCAUUUCUUGAUUUCGACGACUUAACAUGGUAAAGGAGAAGAUGCGUGUUCCAUUGUUACCGGAGGAUAACUCUUCCCACCGGCGAACAAAGCUCGGAGUGCUUUUCCACAGCUCUGAACCUAACAUUAUACACACCGCCGGUGAUGAACAACAAGAGGCCAGUACCAGUAGCAGUUCACACCACCACCAUAGCAACGUUUCGUUUCCAGUUAGUCCAUCGGCUUUGUCUCCGAAUACUUCUCCUGCUAAUUAUUUCAUGUCGCCGUUCCACCAGACCUCGCCGUUUUCAAAAUCGCCAUGGAACCUUCCGUUUAUGAAUGCUCCCGGCGACACUCAGUUAACGGGGUUGGUUGGGUCUUUGGUACGUGAAGAGGGGCAUGUUUAUUCGUUAGCUUCUUCUGGAGAUUUGCUGUAUACAGGUUCGGAUUCGAAAAAUAUCCGGGUUUGGAGGAACUUAACUGAAUUUUCUGGAUUUAAAUCCAGCAGUGGAUUGGUGAAAUCCAUUGUUGUCUCCCGGGAUAGGAUUUUUACAGGUCAUCAAGAUGGUAAAAUUCGAGUAUGGAAGUAUUCAGAUUCGAAGAGGAAGGCGCACAAACGGGUUGGGAGUUUACCAACUACAGUGGAUUUCAUCAAAAGCUCCUUGAAUCCCGGUAACUAUGUCGAAGUCCGGCGUCACCGGAAUGUUCCAUGGAUCAAGCAUUUCGACGCUGUUGCUUGCCUGAGUUUGGAUGAGGAACACGGGUUACUAUAUUCAGGUUCUUGGGAUAAAACGUUUAAAGUAUGGAGACUUUCAGAUUCAAAGUGUUUGGAAUCGGUAAAAGCCCACGACGACGCCAUUAACUCGGUGGUUGCCGGUUUCGACGGUUUGGUUUUCACCGGAUCAGCAGACGGAUCCGUGAAGGUAUGGAGGAGGGAGUUGGUAGGUAAGGAUACAAAGCAUAUGUUGGUUUACACGUUACUAGACCAAGAAACCGCCGUGACAUCGGUGGCGGUGAACAUGGUGGAAGCCGUGGUGUACGCCGGAACUUCAGAUGGGUUGGUGAAUUUCUGGGAACGUAGAAAGCACGCUUUGGUACACGGCGGAGUUAUCAGAGGACACAGGCAAGCAGUUCUUUGUCUCGCCGGCGCAGGAAGCUUGUUGUUUAGUGGGUCGGCGGACAAGAGCAUCUGCGUCUGGCGGAGGGAGGUCGGUGGUUUCCACUCCUGCCUCUCCGUCCUAACCGGCCAUAGUGGUCCCGUCAAAUGUUUAGCGGUUCAGGAGCACCCAGAAAACGAUGAUGGAGGUGUCCGGGAAUGGAUGGUGUAUAGCGGUAGUUUAGAUAAGUCAGUGAAGCUAUGGCGGGUGGCGGAGAAGCCAUGGAUGAAGUAAGACAUAUACAACAUGGAGUUGAGUAGACGCGCCGCCGCCUGGUUGCGGAGAUGGGUAUGUGGGGUCACUCGAGAAGCGAAGGAUGAAUUUUGGCUAAAAUAAUUGAAGAAGAAAAGGCAUGUGGUCCCGUGUGGUGAUGAAGAUGGAAAGAUUGAUGACCGUCUUUUCAUAAAGAGUCCAGAUUUUUGGGAAUGAAUGGAGGGUAUGAAUUUGAAUUUAAGUUAUAUAUAUGUAUUGGUGUAUGUAUAUGUAUAUGUGUGACGUAUUGAUUUGUAUAGAUGUACACGUUGGCAUAUAUUGGCAAGACAAUGUUGUGGCUUGAUGCAAAUUCUUUAUACAAAUCUCUGUGUUUAACAUAACAGAUCGUCUAACAGAUUACACUAUCUCCGACAUGGAAAUAUGUAAAUAGAUGUAUAAAGUGCUUCUUUUACUAUAUUAAUUUUAUUUUAAUUUAGAUCGA